AAAAUUGUCGUUUACUUAGUAGAAAAUAUGAAUUACAUAUUAAUAAUUUUAUGAUGAUUAUUGUGUAAUUAUUUUAAAAUUUUAAAUAAUUAUAAAAUUUUAAGGAAAUGUUGUUUUAAAAUAUUUAACUACAAUGGAGAUUAGCGAUCCUUACACUAAGUAUAAAGUCAUAGUGAAAAAAUGGGAAAAUGAUUUCAUUAAAAAGAAUAACCGAAAACCCGAAAAAGAUGAUAUUAAAUUAGCGGAUAAAAAAGUUAGAUAUGCGUACAAAAUGUAUUGGAAUAUGAAAACUUCAUUACUUGAGAAAAGUUUACUAGGUGAACUAGAUGAUAUUGGAGAUUCUACCAUUGAUGAGACCUUAUUUCUUAAUAAUACUUCUGAAGUCCAUAAAGCAAAAGAUGAAAAUGUUCAAGAACAAUCAUUAAAUAUCAACAAAUCAUCUGUUUGGGGUAAACAUUUAAGUAUCAAACCUAAAACUAUAAGUGAAGAUACAGUUAAACAAAUUAAUAAUAGCGUUUCAAUUAAAUAUACCAAAAAAUUAUUUGAUGGAUGUGAUUUUAAAAAAAGGAAUCCCAGAAAGAGCCUUGUAAAAAAAAAAAACCAUGAGCCUACCUUUUCACAAAGUAUUAGUGUUGAUGCUUCUAAAACUUGUGAAUUAAGUGUGCAAGAAGAUAGUGCAUUUCAUGAUGAUUCAAAUUUAUCUAUAAAUAAUGGAGAUUCUGAUCUUUUAAUUAAUAAUACUAUUAAAAAUGCUAAUUCCUCUACUUUUAUAUCACAUUCAUUGAACAUAUUACAAAAAAAUUUUAAUUUGUUAGAAAGAAAUCCUAAAUUAGUUAAUAUUCAUAAAAAAAUAGAUAAAGGUUGGUUAGAAAGAUGUAAUGAAAGUAAUUCACAAGCUCCAAAACUAAAUAUAAAUAUAAAAUCUGACAUAGUUCAAUCCAAAGAAGUAGAGAGUGAUACAGAUAUUGUUUAUGAAAGUGAUAAUGAAACACAAGAUAUUCCAUUAUAUUCAUCUCAAAGAAUCAAAGCUCAAGAAGUUAUAACUAAUGUAACUGUAAUUACUAAUAAAACGUUUCAUAUUAAUACUGUUGAUAGAAAUUCCAAAAAACGCUACAAUUCAGAUGAUGAUUUUUCUGAAGUAGUACAGCAACCAAAAAUAAUAAAAUUUCAAGAUAAUACAAAUAUUAAAUCAUCAAUUAAAGAUAAUAUUAAAAAACAACAGUUGGAAGCUAAAGUUUCUAAUGGUAAAGCCAAUGAAAAUUUUAUACGUUUAGAUAUGAAAAGAAAAAUGUAUAGUCGCGGUAAAAGAUCCAUGAAAACAACUACUUACAAGAAAACACAAUGGAAAAAUAGGAAAAAAGAACUAAGAGAUGACUUCUUAUCAACAAAUUCCUCCUCAUUAUUAAAAUGUUAUAAAUGUGGUGAUGUUGGACACUAUUCUAAAAAUUGCUUAAAAAAUAAUGAAUUAAUUCCAUUAGAUAAUAUUGAAGAAGAUGAAAGCCCUUUUCUUACUUUAGAAGAAGCAGAAAAACUAGCUCAAGAAAAAAAAGAUAAAGUUCAUAAUAUAAAGUCAAAAAGUCAAUUAAAUUUACAGAGAGAUGAUGAUAAUAGUCAUAUGAUUGAACAAUUUGAACCUCCUGUAGAUGAUCUAUUACGAUCUGAAGUUAUUAAGCCAUUAUAUGCUCUGAACGCAGAUAAAUCUAUUUUAAAAACUCCUGAUGAAGUAUUUAAAGCUCUUAAAUUAUUUGGCCAUAAUAGUUUUCGUCAAGGUCAAGAGAAAGCUAUUAUGCGUAUUUUGUCUGGGCUUUCUACUUUAGUUACACUUUCAACAGGAACAGGAAAAUCUUUAUGCUAUCAGAUACCUGCCUACCUUUACCAUAAAAAAUCAAAAUGUAUAACACUAGUGAUUUCUCCUCUUAUAUCUUUAAUGGAAGAUCAAGUUGGAGGAACUGAUGUUGUUAAUAUGGCCUGUAUACAUAACAAUCAAUCUCCAAAAGAGCGUGAUUUGAUUUUAGAAAAAUUAGUUAAUGGUGAGUUAGCAAUUCUGCUUGUAUCUCCAGAAGCAAUUGUAUCUGGUUUUAACACAGAAUGGUUAAAUAAACUACCUCCUAUAGCCUUUGCAUGUUUAGAUGAAGCUCAUUGUUUAUCUCAAUGGUCUCAUAAUUUCAGGCCUUCUUAUCUAAUGAUUUGUCAGGUUUUAAGAGAAAAAUUUGGUGUUAAAACACUACUGGCUCUUACAGCUACUGCUACUGUAAUGACAGUUGCUAGUAUUGCAAAUGAAUUGAUGUUAAAAGAAGAUUCUGAUUCUGUAAUUAAAGAUACUCCUUUACCUGAUAAUCUAGUACUAAGUAUUUCCAAAGAUAAAGAUCGUGAUAAUGCUCUAAUAAAUUUGUUGCAUGGGGAACGAUUUAAAAAUUGUAACUCAAUAAUAGUUUAUUGUAUAAAACGUGAAGAAUGUGAACGCAUUGCUUCAUUUAUUAGAACUAAUUUUCAGUCACAACAUAGUAAUAAUGGAAAACGUGGUCAAUUAUCUCAAGUUGCUGAGCCUUACCAUGCAGGAUUGACUGCAACAAGACGAAAACGAACUCAAAAAUAUUUUAUGAGUGGUCAACUGAAAAUUGUAGUAGCAACAGUUGCAUUUGGAAUGGGAAUCAAUAAAUCUAACUUACAAGGUAUUAUUCAUUACAAUAUGGCUAAAAGUUUGGAAAGCUACGUGCAAGAAAUUGGAAGGGCUGGGCGAGAUGGAAGCAUUGCUCAAUGUCACAUGUUUUUAGAAUCUGAGGGUAAUGAUAUUGCUGAAUUAAGUCGCCAUAUAUACGCCAAUUCUGUUGAUAGAGCUUCUAUCCGAAAACUUUUAGAAAGAGUAUUUGUACAAUGUAAUUGUAAAGAAGAUCAUUGUGUUAAACAUGAAAUUGCUUUUGAAAUUGAAGAUACUGUUUCAAGUUUAGAUAUGAAACAAGAAAAUAUACAAACACUUCUAUGUUAUCUUGAAUUAGACACUGAUAAAUUAAUCAAAAAUUUACCUUUGUCUUAUACUUUAUGUAAAAUAACGUGCUAUAAAGGACCACUAUUUUUGAAACAAUUAUCUAAAAUGUGUCCACCACUUGCUGUAGCCUAUGCGUUGAAAGAAAAAUCAGGAAAAUCAGCCAGUAAAUUAAACCAAUUUGAAUUUUCAAUUUUUCAAGUUGCUGCUAUCAUUGGUUGGGAUAGUGGAAUAAUUAAAAAAGAGUUAAAAAAACUAGAAUGGUCCUCCAUUAAUGGAAAAUAUCAAAAAAGUGGAGUUGUAGUUGAAUUUUCAUGUCUUGGCUUUAGAGUUCUUGCUCCUGGUAAUAUGAAAGCUGAUCAAUUAGACCUCGCUCUUUGUAAUCUGUUCAAUAGAACACAUCAGCAAGAAUUAAAAUCACUUGCAGAGUUACAAUUUUGUUAUGAAACAUUUAUGAGUAUUUCAACUAAUUCCUAUUCAGAUUGUUGUAAUAUAGCUGAUAGUACAUUGUGUGAAAAACUAAAGAAAAAUGUGAGAGACUAUUUUACUCAAGAAAACAUAUCAAUGUUUUUAGAAAAAGAACCAAAAGAAGAAGUACUUGAUAGAACUGACGAGGCACGAGUAGUAUCUGAUAUAAAUCGUCUAAUAAAUAGUUAUGCUGACUGCAAAUUUACUGCUAGGGCUAUAGCUAGAAUAUUCCACGGUGUUGAAAGUCCUAAUUUUCCUGCAUAUGUUUGGGGGCGCUCUCCAUUUUGGCGAGGACAUAUUAAAAUUGAUUUCAAUUCUAUUUGUAAAAUAGCACAAAAACAAAUAAUUUUAAAUUUGAGAUAAUUUAUUUGUUAGUUUAUUAGUCCAAAUGAUAAUAUUCGUCAACAAUCUAUAUUAAUUUAUUUUAACUUUAUAAUCAUUUAUUUUAGUAUAUUAAAUUUUAAAAAUAGAUGAUUUAUACACAAAUAAUUAAGGUUUUUUAUUUUUAGUGUAAACAAAUGUACAGUUAGUAAAUAUAUAAUUAAAUUAUUUCAUUAUUGCUAAU